CGCCGAGGCCCCUUUAAGGCGCGGCCGGGGCGGGCCCCGCGGCGCGGCCCCUUUAAGGCUUGGCCUACGUGGCAGCCGCUGGAGCCGCCGACGAGCAGCGAGGCCGGCCGCCGGGCACUUCCUGUGGAGGCCGCAACGGGCGCGGGCGCCGACGGGCCGAACGCCGAGCGAGCGAGCGAGCGAGCGAGUGAGCCGAGCCUCCCGCCGCCGCCAUGGGCCAGAACGACCUGAUGGGCACGGCCGAGGACUUCGCCGACCAGUUCCUCCGGGUCACGAAGCAGUACCUCCCGCACGUGGCGCGCCUCUGCCUGAUCAGCACCUUCCUGGAGGACGGCGUGCGCAUGUGGUUCCAGUGGGGCGAGCAGCGGGACUACAUCGACAGCACCUGGGGCUGCGGCUACCUGGUGGCCUCCUCCUUCGUGCUCCUCAACCUGCUCGGGCAGCUCACUGGCUGCAUCCUGGUGUUGAGUAGGAACUUCGUGCAGUACGCCUGCUUUGGGCUCUUCGGAAUCAUAGCGCUGCAGACGAUCGCCUACAGCAUUUUAUGGGACUUGAAGUUUUUGAUGAGGAACCUGGCCCUGGGAGGCGGCUUGCUGCUGCUCCUGGCGGAGUCCCGCUCGGAAGGGAAGAGCAUGUUCGCGGGCGUCCCCACCAUGCGCGAGAGCUCCCCCAAGCAGUACAUGCAGCUGGGAGGCCGCGUCCUGCUGGUGCUGAUGUUCAUGACCCUCCUCCACUUCGACGCCAGCUUCUUCUCCAUCCUCCAGAACAUCGUGGGCACAGCGCUGAUGAUUCUGGUGGCCAUUGGCUUUAAGACCAAGCUGGCCGCCUUGACUCUGGUCGUCUGGCUGUUCGCCAUCAACGUGUAUUUCAACGCCUUCUGGACCAUCCCCGUCUACAAGCCCAUGCACGACUUCCUCAAGUACGACUUCUUCCAGACCAUGUCGGUGAUCGGAGGCUUGCUGCUGGUGGUGGCUCUGGGCCCCGGGGGCGUCUCCAUGGACGAGAAGAAGAAAGAGUGGUAACAGACCUUCCCUGCCUGGCUAGGCCCGUGGCCGGCGAGGACUGGUUCGGGGUCGAUCGACAAACGGCCGGCAUUCACGUCCUCUCCCCCCGCUGCCCGGGUGACGCACAGAUGUGAGAACUCUGCAGCCCUGGGAGCGAUGGCUGAGUGCUCUGCCCGCCACCUGCCGCCCGGCCGGCCAGCGGCCACCAGCUCCUCCCUCCCCACAGCCAGGCCUGGGCCGCGCGGCGGGAGCAGCCGGGUGGGGUGCGGCCUCUGUCCUGGGUUUGUUCCUGUGGGUGGUGGGGCCUUCAAGCUGUACCCUGAGCAGAUACAUCUGUGUAUCAUUCAAAGCAGUCUCCCUCUUAUUUUUUUUUAAAGUUUACGUUUUUAGCUGAAACUAAAUGAUUUUGGGUGGCCCAGCACAUCAGCCACUGGCCGCUCGCUGCCUCGCAGUGUCACACUGUGAGGACAGGGAAGUACUUAGAGGAGCCACCCCACAGCGCGAGGCAGUAUUAGGGGGCCCUGUUCACGGAAACGUCCUUGCUUAAUCAAUCAGGACGCCGGCCCAAUGGUGCAGCUCAUAUGGGUCACCUCCCGGAGCUUCCGUGGCCCGGGUGGGGUGGAUGUUAGAAGCCCUGCGGAACGCCGCCCAGAGCCCAGGGACCCUCGCGCCCACCCGCACGCGCCCACCCACACGUCCGCAGGUUGGCCCGCCGCUCCCGUGGCCUGCCGGGAGGAGCAGCCACGCCAGCUCGCAGACCAGUUACCUCACAAUCAGCCUUCCGCAGCCUCGCGGCCUGGGCGCGCCCUGGAGGCUGCCUGGUCUCCCUGGCUGAGGGAUGAUCCCGGGGGCGGCCGCGGCUCCGGCUCCGGCUCCGGCUCCGGCUCCCGAGGCUGCUGCUUGCUCAGACGUCUGUUUGCUAUGCUGCACACGGCCCCAAUUACUUCUUACUGAUUUGUGAUGCCUUACCGAUCGAUCUGACUCCUGUAUUUAAAGUUUUCUAACGUUGCCUUACACUGUGUUUCUCUUCUUGGGGGGUGAGCGCUUCCUGCUGUCCUCCGCCAGGCCCCAUCCAGUGACAGCGCCGGGGGAGUUGGGACACAUCUGUGCCUCCCGCUGUCCUCCCCCCAGAUCCUUGGGGGACAGACCGACGUGGCCAGGCCCACCGAGAGCCUGGCCUUGGGGCUUAGCUCGCUGGUCUUCAGCGAGGUGUGGGGCCUGAGGGCCGGCCCAGGUCACCUUCCAGACCAGAGCCAGGUGAGGGGGCCUCUGUGCCCGAGGCUUUGCGGGGAGGGGGCUGCCUUUUGCCCCUCAGGGCUCUUAGCACCGCAUCUGGCUCUCUAGCCUGGACCCCUGACCAAGGGGAAUGAUGGCGACCAUUUCACCGCCACCCGGGCCCCAGCCACACAGAGGCUCGUCCUGGUGGCAGACAAAGCCGGCCGGAGGGCACGUCUGUUCCUGGUCACUCGGACGCUCACUACACACUCUGACUCAACCUGGGCCGCGUGGUCUCUUGGUCCACACCCCCUCCCCCCUUAACACAUCCUGGCAGCCCCCACCCCUUGAGUGACAGCCCCGGAGUGGCACCUCAGCCAAGCCGCAUCUCGUAGGGCUCCUCCCUGACUCUGCUGAGACCUGUGUCGACCGCCCAGGUCGCUGUGAUGCGGCGGCCACUCCCGCCCCCCUCCCCGCCCAGAGCUGGCCAGCGCCUGGGCCCCGGUAGGAGGAGCGGAAAAUAAUCUACCAAUUGGUUUUGGCAAAACAAUUUGACAAUUUUUUGCUUUAUGUGGGAAAUGGUAUCGAACUCAUUUUAUGCUGUAUUUUAUAUCUUAGUUGUGUUGGAAAACGUUUUGAUUUUGGAAACAUGGAAAUAAACAAUGGCAUUUGUUGUA